CUCGCCACUUCCGGCGCGUUGGGGCUGUUGGUCGGGGGCGGCCGCGCAGCGCGAGCAGGCAGCUCCGGGGCGGGCGCGCGCAGGGAUGCUCCGGGGGGCGGCGGCGGCAGCGGCUGUGUGGGCUGAGGCGGCAAGGAUAGCGUGGGCUCCCGGGCCUUUCCCCUGAGUCGGCCGCUCGGACUGCGCCGCCCAGGCCCUUUCAGCCUCCGCCCCUUCAGCCUCCGGGCCGGGCCCACCGCCGCUUCUGAACGCGGGGGCCGGGGAGACCCUGCCUGGGCCCGGAGCCUCCCCUCGGGGGUCGGGCCCGGGCGGGGGGCCCCGAGCCGCUGCCCUCCUCGUCAGCCCUCCGAGCCCCAUUUCCUGCUUUUUUCAGUUUCUUUGGGGAGGGGCGGGUGGGUCUGGAUGAAUUGUUUCGGGGGUCCCUGAUGAGGCGGGCCGGGGGGCCGCGCUCUUUUUAGAGGGUCCCCGCGAGGUUCGGGGGUGGGGAAGCGGUUGUCUUUGCAUGGGCGGGGGACUUCCCGAGCCUGCCGGGACCAUGACCUGAACUGUGCAAGCCGGACGUGUCCGAAGCCCGAGAGCCAGCUCACCUGAGCCGCCCCCUCCCCCGGCCAGCAUGGCAUCUGAAGAAGCCUCUCUCAGGGCAUUGGAAAGUCUGAUGACAGAGUUUUUCCAUGACUGUACAACCAAUGAAAGGAAACGUGAGAUAGAGGAACUUCUUAAUAACUUUGCUCAGCAAAUAGGAGCCUGGAGAUUCUGCCUGUAUUUUCUCUCCAGCACUAGGAAUGACUAUGUAAUGAUGUACAGUUUAACGGUUUUUGAGAACCUGAUCAAUAAAAUGUGGCUUGGGGUCCCGUCUCAGGAUAAGAUGGAAAUCCGUAGCUGCCUGCCCAAACUCCUCUUGGCUCACCACAAAACCUUACCUUACUUCAUCCGGAAUAAGCUCUGCAAAGUGAUUGUUGACAUUGGCCGUCAAGAUUGGCCCAUGUUCUACCAUGACUUUUUUACUAACAUUUUACAGUUGAUCCAGUCCCCUGUGACAACUCCCCUUGGGCUGAUCAUGUUGAAGACAACUUCGGAAGAGUUGGCUUGUCCCCGUGAGGACCUCAGCGUGGCUCGGAAGGAGGAGCUGCGGAAGCUACUGCUGGACCAGGUGCAGACGGUGCUCGGGCUGCUGACAGGUAUCUUGGAGACUGUCUGGGACAAACACAGCGUGACGGCUGCCACCCCACCACCAUCCCCGACCUCAGGAGAAAGUGGUGACUUACUGAGUAACCUGUUGCAGAGUCCUAGCUCAGCCAAACUGUUGAAUCAGCCAAUCCCCAUUCUUGAUGCGGAGAGUGAGUAUAUCUGUUCCCUGGCCUUGGAGUGCCUGGCCCAUCUCUUCAGUUGGAUUCCUCUGUCUGCCAGCAUCACCCCGUCCCUCCUUACCACCAUCUUCCACUUUGCGCGCUUUGGCUGUGACAUCCGGGCCAGAAAGAUGGCAUCAGUUAACGGCAGCAGCCAGAACUGUGUAUUGGGUCAAGAGCGAGGCCGGCUGGGGGUCCUGGCCAUGUCCUGCAUCAAUGAACUCAUGUCCAAGAACUGUGUGCCUAUGGAAUUUGAGGAGUACUUACUGCGUAUGUUCCAGCAGACUUUCUACCUCCUGCAGAAAAUCACCAAGGAUAACAAUGCCCACACAGUGAAGAGCAGGCUAGAAGAACUCGAUGAGAGCUACAUCGAGAAGUUUACUGACUUUCUGCGGCUCUUUGUGAGCGUUCAUCUAAGGAGAAUCGAGUCCUACUCCCAGUUCCCUGUGGUGGAGUUUUUGACACUUUUGUUCAAGUACACAUUUCAUCAGCCUACUCAUGAAGGUUACUUCUCUUGUUUGGAUAUCUGGACGCUCUUUUUGGACUAUCUGACAAGUAAAAUUAAAAGCCGUCUGGGAGACAAGGAAGCAGUUCUCAACAGGUACGAAGACGCCCUAGUCCUCUUGCUGACGGAGGUGUUGAAUCGAAUCCAGUUCAGAUACAACCAGGCCCAGCUGGAGGAGUUGGACGAUGAGACUCUGGAUGACGAUCAGCAGACAGAGUGGCAGCGGUACUUACGCCAGAGCUUGGAGGUCGUGGCCAAAGUGAUGGAGCUCCUUCCCACACACGCCUUCUCAACGCUGUUUCCAGUUCUUCAGGACAAUUUAGAAGUUUAUCUGGGGUUACAGCAGUUUAUAGUUACUUCAGGGUCAGGACCCAGGCUGAACAUCACAGCGGAGAACGACUGCCGGCGCCUGCACUGCUCCCUGAGAGACCUGAGCUCCCUCCUGCAAGCCGUGGGCCGCCUGGCCGAGUACUUCACUGGGGACGUGUUCGCCGCGCGCUUCAGCGACGCCCUCACAGUGGUGGAGAGAUUGGUCAAAGUCACUUUGUAUGGAUCUCAGAUAAAAUUGUACAACAUUGAGACUGCUGUGCCAUCAGUAUUGAAGCCUGAUCUCAUUGAUGUGCACGCUCAGUCCCUGGCUGCCCUGCAGGCGUACUCUCACUGGCUAGCACAGUACUGCAGCGAGGCGCAUCGGCAGAAUACCCAGCAGUUCGUUUCGCUCAUCUCCACCACCAUGGAUGCAAUCACACCUCUCAUCACCACCAAGGUCUUGAAACAGCGAAGGCUGCAUCUCUUCUCUAACUCCCCAUCUGUCCUCCUCUUCAUAUACCCAUUUAUAACGCCACAUAAUGUCCAAGACAAGUUGCUGCUAUCUGCGUGCCACUUACUGGUCUCACUGGCCACCACUGUGCGACCUGUCUUUCUGAUCAGCAUCCCUGCAGUGCAGAAAGUAUUCAACAGGAUCACUGACACCUCUGCCCAGCGACUUGUCGAUAAGGCUCAGGUGUUGGUGUGCCGAGCCCUCUCGAACAUCCUCCUGCUUCCGUGGCCAAACCUCCCAGAGAAUGAGCAGCAGUGGCCCGUGCGCUCCAUGAACCAUGCCAGCCUCAUCUCUGCGCUGUCCCGGGAUUAUCGCAAUCUGAAGCCCAAUGCUGUCACCCCACAGAGGAAGAUGCCCCUGGAUGACACCAAAGUGAUCAUCCACCAGACACUUAGUGUCUUAGAAGACAUUGUGGAGAAUAUCUCUGGGGAAUCCACCAAGUCCCGACAGAUCUGCUAUCAGUCGUUGCAGGAAUCCGUUCAGGUCUCCCUGGCCCUCUUUCCAGCUUUCAUCCAUCAGUCAGAUGUGACUGAUGAGAUGCUGAGCUUCUUCCUUACUCUGUUUCGAGGCCUUAGAGUCCAGAUGGGUGUGCCUUUCACUGAGCAGAUCAUCCAGACUUUCCUCAAUAUGUUUACCAGAGAACAGUUGGCUGAGAGCAUCCUCCAUGAAGGCAGUACUGGCUGCCGGGUGGUCGAGAAGUUCCUGAAGAUCCUGCAGGUGGUAGUCCAGGAGCCCGGCCAGGUGUUCAAGCCCUUUCUCCCCAGCAUCAUCGCCCUGUGCAUGGAGCAGGUGUAUCCCAUCAUUGCCGAGCGCCCCUCCCCUGAUGUGAAGGCAGAGCUGUUUGAGCUCCUUUUCCGGACGCUCCAUCACAACUGGAGGUACUUCUUCAAGUCCACCGUCCUGGCCAGUGUGCAGAGGGGCAUGGCUGAGGAGCAGAUGGAGAACCAACCGCAGUUCAGUGCCAUCAUGCAGGCUUUUGGACAGUCCUUUCUCCAGCCCGAUAUCCACCUAUUUAAACAAAACCUCUUUUACUUGGAGACUCUCAACACCAAGCAGAAGCUGUACCACAAGAAGAUCUUCCGGAGCGCCAUGCUCUUCCAGUUCGUGAACGUGCUGCUCCAGGUCCUGGUGUGCAGGUCCCACGACCUCCUGCAGGAGGACAUUGGCAUCGCCAUCUACAACAUGGCCUCCGUGGACUUCGACGGCUUCUUCACGGCCUUCCUCCCGGAGUUCCUCACCAGCUGCGACGGUGUGGAUGCCAACCAGAAAAACGUGCUGGGGCGCAAUUUCAAGAUGGAUCGGGACCUGCCCUCCUUCACCCAGAAUGUGCACAGGCUGGUGAACGACCUGCGCUACUACAGACUCUGCAACGACAGCCUGCCCCCUGGCACCGUGAAGCUCUAGGUGCGGCCUGCCCACCGCCCGAGGGACCCCGACUGCUGCUGCUGCCCCCGCACCACCUCCGCCUGCAGCCCCCAGUGUCUCCUGACCGGCCUCGGCCACUCCUCCGAUGCUCACAACUCCUCCACGCUCCUGUCUUGCUGCCCGCCCAGCAGAACUGGCUCUGGGGUGUCCCAGCUCCGGCUGGAGGGCAUGCAUGGGGUGUUUGGAGCAGGCAGGGGUCUUGCAGCCAGGUACCAGGGCGGCGCCAGGAUGCCCUGUGGGGUGGUCCGUGCAGAUCGUGCGUGUCAGUCACCAGGCAGCGAUGCCAAGGACCGCUGCAACAGUGCCACCUUCCCACCGUUCCCCCACCCGCGGCCCGGCCCGCUCUGGAGAGGCCUGAAGCUGGGACUGCGCCGGCACUUCCGUCAGCCUCUCCUCCCUCCCCCUAAAUUGCCUUGAAAUCUCUGCUUUUUGUCAGAGAUUUGCAGACUCAUGGGGUCUUGUUUUUUUUUUUUUUUUUUUUUUGAUUGUUCUUGUUUUCUCAUCAUUCCAUUGUGAUACUAAGAAACUAAGAAGCUUAAUGAAAAAAUAAAAUGCUUAUGUUGUUGUUAUAUAAA